AUGUCGGAUUUAGACAGUGAAUAUCCGAGAACGGAAAGUGGAAGACCGUUUCUACCAGAAGAAGAAAAAACAUUUGUAAGACUCUUCAAUAAACAAAAAUUCAGACCUAGAACAGCUAUUUUAACAGUGUGGUUUGACUAUCCCAAAAACAUGUUCUUCCAACCGAUACCAGCUAAAGAUAAAAUCACUUUCACGAAUAAAGAAGAAAUUGAAGAAAAAGAGACCGAAGAUAGUAAAUCUACACGACUAACACCUAGUCAUUUGGGAUCAUUCGUUUUAUCUCACAGAAAAAAAAUAAUGAACAAUUUCAUUCACGUCAUAAAUGGAUUUUAUAAACCCGAAAUAUACUAUACCGACACCGAUAGUUUGUACAUUUCAUCGAACAAUUGGAAAAAACUAAACAGAGCUGAUUUGGUCUCCGAAAAAGACUAUUGCAAAGGUAAAAACGAUUACGGUGAGGGUGGAAUUAUAUUUGGUUUAUAUUUAGCACCAAAAGUCAAAUACAACAUCGUUUUGACUUCUGAUGGUGUUUUAAAAGAAAAGAAAACAUUUAAGGUUAUUCUAAUGAUAAGUGUAGAAGAUUACGUUCAGUUAGCAAGCGGGCAUGAUGUGUCGAGUGAAUUUAAGAAACCAUGGGAAAAAAGUUUCACCAGUGGAGUAGUUAUUCCAAAUGAUAAACAAACUAAAGUUAUUUGA